AUUAUAAUAUGUAAUCAACAAAGACUUGAAUCGGCCAAUAACAUAUUACAUCACUGUUAGCUUAUUGAUGGAAACGUAUUCAUUAGAUGGCUAAGUUGUGUAGCUAACAGUUUUAGAUAACCAGUUUGCGAUCCUGAGCUAACGUUUACUAAAGUUAGCUUAGCUAACUAAGAGAGAAAAGUAACAACAUUGCUAUAAAAGUAGCUGAAAACUGAAAUUGAACAUAUUUUCCUAGCUAAAACAUCGUUCGCUUUCAGGCUGUUGAAAAGGACCGCUAGCUAGCUACUUAGCUUAGCCUUUGGAGGCUUGUCCUUUGUUAGCUAGUGUGACGACAUCAAGGCGUUGUUUAUACUAUGACUUCAUAAACGCCCGCUGUAUUUAUUUGGCAUUAUUUUGCAAGCUCAGAAAUUAUGUAGCUUUCCAAGUAUAUAGCUAUUGACUUGCCUUUAACUCCAGACUUGAUUUUAUUGCAAAUUAUACCUCUAUACUUUCAGUAGAGCUGACUAAACAACACUGAAUCCUAGAAAUAAUGUGAAAUUUUCAGAUUCUCUCUCAAAGGGGACAGAUUUCCAGUGGCAUUGGGUAUUUGAGGGAGAAUGCUGCACAGGACCGUCUCCUUCCCCAUUGAGGCGGGACAGCUGCAGCAGCUGGGUCUACUGGGCUGUGGCUCCCACGGUGUGACAUCAUGCUCGGUGCUUGACCUCCCGGCUCUCCUCAACGCUCACCAUGGGCAAUGGGAGGAUGAACAGCGGGGCUGGUACCAGGGGCAUGCCGAGGAAGGCCAAUGGGAGGACGAGGGAGGGCUAGUGGUCACGCCCUCUUCUACUGGUAGCACCAGGGGACCCAGGUCAGUGGAAGAUGAUGGCAAUGAUUAUAAAGAGAAGAAGCAAAAUGAUGAGUUUGUCAGGCUGUACGUGUCAGAGGAGGAGAGGAUCCUCAACUCUGCAGACCUGAGUGCAGAGGAGAGGAGUGAUGUUCUAGCAGAGUUGGUGUAUUCCCGAAGCAGACUAAAGCAAUUGAACUCAGAGCUGCAGAGAACAGUGGAGUUAGCCGAUGACAACAACACAGUGCUACGCACUGAGAACGCUGCACUGCGCAACCAAGUUAAAGGGAUGAAGCAGUCGAUCCAUGAUGCAGAGCAGCUGAUGGAUGAGCUGGAGGAGAUCAGGAGCUUAUCAGCUGAGAAGGACGGCGCUACGGGCAACCUGGAGUCCUACAUCAAACAACUGGAGAAAGAGAAGGAGAUUUUGGAAGACCAGAUCGAGACCAUUGGCAGUGAAAUGUCCCGUAUUAUACCAGAUAGAGCCACUGACAAGAAGAAGAUCGCUGACCUCAGCCAGGCUCUACAGGCCUUACAGCUACGGCUAGAGGAGAGCAGACUCACCCUGGAUCAGAGGUAUGAGGUCAUACAUAAGAAGGACUUUGUUGUUGAGCAGCUGGAGCAGUCCCUCAUAGAGUACUCCUCCAUCACACAGGAUCUGAAGGAGAAGAUGAAGGAUCUGGAGAGCCAACUGGCAGAGGCCCUAGUUAAUGGAGGAGAGGGGCGUUACAUGGCGUUAGAUGGGACUCUGUCUGCAGCCACUCAGCGCUCCAUCACUCUAGCGGAGGAAAUGGGUCUACUGCCACGUAGGAUGGCCACAGUGUCACAGGCCGUCUGGUCUGACACUGUGAGGCAUCUGAGGUCGACACCGAUGGCCUCCAGGUCACCAUGGAGACAGCUAAUGACAUCACUUGGCAUGAUCGUGUCCGGGAAACGAUCCAGGCAAAGUCGACGGAACAGACCAAAUAAAUCAAUUCACAUUCCAAUACUUUAUUGAGAAUCAAUGCAUUCAACUACAGCAGUCAAUUCCAAAAUCAUAUUCCGUUAGAAAUUGAUAAGGAAGUCUGUGCAGGAGUAGACCAGAGAGAAACUACUGUAGUCUAUAGACAGAACCAAGUAUGGAUCACCUGGUAAACCUAGACACACACAGAGAGACAGGUGAGGUAGGGGCUAGGUUUGGGGGCUAAGGGGCAGAGGCUUCAGGGUUGGUUUGGGGCUACGAGCUAGGUGUGGUUGGGACUGGGACCACAUCUCACCUUUGAAGAAGAUCUGGUUAUGAGUGUUCAUGUUUAUGGUUUGACUGACUUCAUACAGUCUGUGAUGUGUGAGUGUAUGAGUUCUAUCACAGAGUAGUGAGUAUGUGGCCUGUUGGCACUUCCCUCCCUCAAAUACAGCAGGCAGCUUCUCUGCCUCAUACCAUCUGCCCAGGUAUUAACACACACCAUCUAGAAGUUAUUUCAAGUUACUAUGACUUUUUUACUUUGUGUGUGUGUGUGUGUGUGUGUGUGUGUGUGUGUGUUGAGCAUGUGCAACCGAUGCAGUGACCAGGACAACACACAGUACCUAGCCACAUAAACACAUGAUCAGACACAAAACACACAGCAAUCUCACACAUAAUGUCAGUGGUAAUUCAGAUGGAAUUGAGACUACUGUGUAAUUAAUACAUUAUAUACACUCUCACAUACACAGACAUAAAGACACACAGUACCUGCAAAGGCUGCAUAUUUUCUCAGCUCAGCUCUCUUGGAGAAACGAGAUGUAAACAUGAUCACACAGCGCUCUGCCAAAUGUCCAUGAUCAACCUUUCUCCAAUAUCUCUCAUCUGACACAGCCUGGUGUAGCAGACAAUUGUAUUAUAUUCAUUUAUGUGACAAUAAAACAUAUAUUACAUACACAUAUACAUAUAUAUAUUUGAAUAUUUAAAAAUAUAAAGAAGAUUUGGCAAAUGUUUCUAUAUAUUGUUUAACAUAAUAUACUGUACAGGCAUAUCACAUUUCCAGAGUGGGAUCUCUGGAAAUUGGCCCAGCGCCGUCCUUGUUUGGCUAGGGUAGGCCGUCAUUGUAAAUAAGAAUUUGUUCUUAACUGGCUUGCCUAGUUAAAUAAAGGUUACUUUUCUUUUUUUAAAUAUGAAAAACAGCUCUCGUUUUACUUCACAACACAUCCUUCAAAUCACCAGCAGAGGGCGGCCAUUUUUAACCCAUUUUCACAUUCCCUCUGUUGGUAACGCUUGCAAAUUGGUCAUAACUGUAAAAGUAGCAGAUCCACUCUGGAUCUAAUAGCCGUUGUGUUGAACACUGCGAUGUUUAACAGUGAGAAUGGCAGAAUGGUGAACUUACUAAAUGACUGAGAGUUUGACUGUGUGAUAUUUGGUUGCUUCAUGUGUAAAUAUUUUCCCUCUGGAUUUUAAUGAUUUGUAUCAAAUUUGUAUUUUAUGAUCAACAAUAUAUUGAAAUAUUAGCCAACAUUCAUGAUUAUAUUUUUUUAUAUUAAUAAAUAAAAGCAAGAAAAUUUG